AUGAAUUUCCGUGAGAAGGUUCGACGAGUGUUCCGUCGGAGCAGCAGCUCCUCCUCUUCAUCCAAAUCCAAGGGCAACGGGAUCAAGAUCGAAUAUUACAAGCGCCAUGAGAUUCCUCGCUCCAAAUUUAAGGGUCCCUUCGAUCGCGAACACCAACGGAGCCUCGCAGCAUGGUCUUUCCAAGGGACGCAAGCCGAGCGACGCCGGUCUUUAGAUUUGUCGCUGUCCCCUUGUACAUCAUUACCGGACUACUUGAGACCUCAAUGUGACGAGGAAGACCUGGCCCCGGAUCAGAUCCCAACGACGGCCCCGGAGGUAGAUGUGACAACUGCUUCGCUUUCCGUGGACCAUGAUGAGUAUGCUCCAGGCCGCCAGGGGGACAGCAGCGGCUCGACCUCGUCGACAGCCGUGGAUCCGGAGAGCUACAGCGAAUCCCUGAUGACUCUCCUUCCGGAACUCGAGCAGGAGGACCCGAUCGCACUACUGAAGGAAACCAUCCGGUACACCUCUCCGGUUGUACGGGCCAUAUCGCCGCCUCCAAUGUCGCCCAAGGGCGCUUGCAUGCCCUUCGCCCCCGAGGAUCUGACACGAGCGUUGAACGCCGUGCAGAUCUGCUACUAG